AUGACGAAGCUGGAAGACCACCUGGAGGGAAUCAUCAACAUCUUCCACCAUUACUCCAUUCGGCUGGGGAAUUAUGACACCCUCAACAAGAAUGAGCUGAAGAAGCUGAUCACAAAGGAACUUCCAAAUGCCCUCAAGAACACCAAAGACCAAGCUUCCAUUGACAAAGUAUUCCAAGAGCUGGAUGCUGAUAAAGAUGCACAGGUCACCUUUGAGGAAUUCGUAGUCCUGGUGUCCAGGGUGCUGAAGACUGCCCAUGAGGCUAUCCACCAAGAGUAG